UGAAGUAAAAAAAAAAUGAAUGGUGACGGAUUGACACAUUUUUGGCAACAUGAAUACCAUGUCCGAAAUGUUUCAUGUGGGCACCGUUCUGUGCUGAUUUGCAGUGCCAGGUAUGUUAUGCCAGGUUUAUAGGACGGGUACAGGACACAGAUUCAUAUUUCAUCCUCUAAGUUAAAAUUGAUCUGUAACUGUCUUAACUGUGAAUGAGUAAGCUUCUUCAGAGGAUUUGAGUGGAUGUGUUUGCCAGGAAAGCAACACCGAAUAAAUCAUGGCUGUCACUUUGCUCCCGUUACAUUCGAGGGGCCCUGGGUCACCGUGAUAUGCAGAGAUGUAGCGUGCCACCUGCAGCCUGUUGAUGAGUGAGUCAGGGCGUUUCUGCUAUUGGGUGACAAUACAAAAUGGAUAGCCAGUCUGCGGAUAAAUAAAAUCCUACUAUGAAUUUUGAAUCUGCGUAAACGUUCAUGUAAGUGCCAACUCAUAACAACUUGCACGACUCAAGUUGUAUGAAAAGUUACAAAGGUGAAGGUUAGGGUUAAGGUUGUGGGCGGCUGUGUGUCAGGUGGUAGAGCGGGUUAUCCACUAAUCGUAGGGUUGGCGGUUCGAUUCCCGGCCCACGUGACUCCACAUACCGAAGUGUCCUUGGGCAAGACACUGAACCCCAAGCUGCUCCCGAUGUCAAGUUAGCACCUUGCAUGGCAGCUCUGCUACCAUUGGUGUGUGAGUGUGAAUGGGUGAAUGAGAACUUGGAUAAAAGCGCUAUAUAAGUGCAGACCAUUUACCAGGGUUAGGGGGCGGGAUUAACCUUUUAGUACAUUUGUAUGAAUACGAAACACAUUGCCCCGCUCAUUAGUAUUUGUAUGAAUUCCUUUAACUGAAACACAAUUAAAUAAUGUAAUAAUUAUUAUAAUGUUUGCAAAGGUAAUUUUCAAGAAACAGUAGCUCCAGAAUGAAGCUCUUUUAUCUUUAAUGCUUUUUGUACUAUUUUAUCCUUUUAUAGGCACAAACUUCUUGACGUAAAACCUGGCAUGUCGUCUUAAAUUAAUUUUUUUUUUCCGUUCGGUAAGUUGAGAUUGAAUGCUGAAGUGGAAAAAAGUCUUUCCAUUUACUUGCAUGUGCGUAUAUGUGGUGUGUAUGCGCAGGAACCUUUUGACACCUGGCAAUCGGUGUCCGACUCGAGCAUCUGCUCGAGUUCAACAUUUAAAACAUCUCAGAUAUCACGCAACUCUUCCUGAUCUGCCGCCCUCCCCUGAGGCCCCUGUUGACACAGGACGCCCACCUCCUAUGCAGUUACAUUUAGGGAGGCAGGUUCAUUCUAUUCUUGAAGCUAUCUCCAGUUGGAAGAGUUGCAGGAGUGCCAAAUGGAGGUGUACAGAAAGAAGGGCACACUUGCCAUUGUCAGACUUGUGGCUUUGUAGUUCUUUAACUGUUUUAUUUUUUUAAAGGAGUGUUUUUUUUUUUUUAUCUUUAGGGGUAUUGGUUUCUGUUGAUUAUUUCUGGAUUCAUUAUAUAUUUCUAAAUAUUAUUCAUUUAAAUAUUUACAUCAGCUUUGUGGACGUUGGCAGCAGUGAUAUUUUUUGCAUUACACUGACUUCCAACUGGUUGGCAUUAGUUUUUGCUGCCACCAUGAGUUCUGUGGAAGCUAGUCCUGGAUUUGAUUUAAUCCAGGUCAGGAUUGAGUCUCUAAGCAGCAAAAUGGACACGCUCAUUAGCAUCCAGGAGAAAGUCCUCUACCGUCUGGACAGCAUGUCUGAGGAACUAGUUGGGAUAGAACGAGACAUGGAAACUCUGAAAGUAGACAAGGAGGAGAUGCCUCCAGCAAGCCGCACUAAGGGACCAGCCCGAGGCAUUGGCGGAGAGAUGAAAGAAAUGUGCCAAGAAAUGAACAGCAUCAUGACAGCCGUAAACAAGCGUUCAGAGCAGCAGACCCAGAAGCUGGAAGGCAUGGAGAGGCUCGUGAUGAGCAUCCAGCAGGUGGUCAGCUUCAUCGGGGAAACCGUCAAGACUUCCAGAAUCACAGAACUCAUGUUCAAGGGGCCAGCAGCACGCAAGAGCAAAGCAGCAUUAGCCCCAGGGUGCAAGAACCAGGAUAGCAAACAUGGUGCUAAGAGACAGGCCUCAGGUGAGCCUGUACCAGGAAAGAAAACUACCUCUACUAAACCAGAAGCGUUAACCAUGACAUGUGAGCCCAGCAGCCCGGAGUCUACCCAUAAGCUAAAGCUUCACGGACCAAAGCAUUUCCUUUCCUCAAAGAAAUCCUUCAAAUUUCUUUGCUCAUCCAUUUCAUUGACUUCAAAAUUGAAGGAUCACAAGUUUAAAGAUGGGAAGGAGAAGGGUCAACUGAGCUUUAAGGGGCUGAAGGCGCAGAAGAAAAAGAAGCCCCCAGACACUACAGACUCUGCCUCUGUGAGGAAGCAGGCCCUGCUUCUGGAGGAGGUUCAGAAGCUUAACAGAGAGAAUGCUGAGCGUUCAAUAUCAUCCACAGUGUCAGAAGCUGAGGAGCCCCUCAGCCAAAACCUUCUGGAUUUCAUCCUGGAUCAAGCCAAAGUUCCUGUGGUCGAGCACGAGGAGCUUUUACCAGACAGCCAGGAGAGCAGCACCGAGUCAAAAGAAGAGGAGGAGAAAGCGGAGGAGGAGAAAGCCGAGGAGGAGAAAGCCGAGGAGGAGAAAGCGGAGGAGGAGAAAGCCGAUGACAUUCAGGAUGAAGCGGAUGAGGUGGUUGACAAAUCCGAAGAGGAGCUCAAAGAGGUGGUUGAAGAAGAGAGCAAAGAGGAAAAUUCUGCCAUGGUCGAUGUUAUGGAGGCUGAGAACACUGUGGCACCACAGAGCGCUGAACCGGUAUCGCUGCACGAAGUCACCACGAGCAGCGAACACUGUGCGUCAGAACCGCAGACCUAUGAAAAAACCAGCCAGGAAGCCAACCAAGACCAAACGCAUGCUCCGGAAGAUCUGUGUGGCUUUUUCAAAGCAGGCGACUUCGAAAUCCAUUUAGAUUUCAGCAAAAAGAAGAAAGAGGAAGAGGAACAGUUUGACGACAGCGAGUGCGAGCAGUUCUUCAUCGACUGCACCCCUCCAGCGGCAGCUCCCUUCAGCCACCGUGUGGUUUCGGCCAAACCCAACCAAAUCAGUAACUUCUACACCAUCAACCACCAGGAGAUCCUCGGAGGAGGACGUUUCGGUCAGGUGCACAAAUGUAUCGAGAAUUCCUCUGGACUCACUCUGGCUGCCAAGAUCAUUAAAACACGGAAUCUAAAGGAAAAGGAGGUGGUGAAAAAUGAGAUUCAGGUCAUGAACCAGUUGGACCAUGCCAAUCUGAUCCAGCUCUACGCCGCCUAUGAAUCCAAGAACGACAUCAUCCUCGUCCUUGAAUUUGUGGAUGGUGGUGAGCUCUUCGACAGGAUCAUAGAUGAGAACUACACACUGACUGAGCUGGACACGGUCAUGUUCGUCAGACAGAUCUGUGAGGGCCUGCGCCAUAUACAUAAAAUGUACAUCAUCCAUCUGGACCUGAAGCCUGAGAAUAUCCUGUGUGUUAGCAGACUGACCAACAAAAUCAAGAUCAUUGACUUUGGACUUGCAAGAAAAUACAAUCCCCGGGAGAAGUUACGAGUGAAUUUUGGCACACCGGAGUUUCUCGCACCGGAGGUGAUCAACUAUGACUUUGUUUCUUUCAACACGGACAUGUGGAGCCUUGGAGUCAUCACAUACAUGCUCCUGAGUGGUUUGUCUCCGUUCCUCGGUGAUGAUGAUAAUGAGACACUGAACAACAUCCUGGCCUGCCAGUGGAACUUUGAGGAAAGCGAGUUCAAAGGCAUUUCAGACGAGGCCAAGGACUUCAUCUCCAGACUGCUUGUCUACAAUAGAAGUUGGAGGAUAGGUGCAGGUGAAGCUCUGAAGCAUCCUUGGCUUUCAGACCCAUUGCUCCAUCAUCACCUGCACAAAAAGAAGAACAUGUGUCAAUCACGUAGAAAUUCGUGUGUUCCUCCACCCGAGAGCUAAUAUCUGGCUUUGUUUCUGCCAACUGAUGCUAUCUGGACCAAGCCUGCUGUGCUUCUAAUUACUGGACAGUACUUGUAAAACUACCUACCUUAUGCUGUUUGGGUAAUUUGUUGCAGAAAUGUGUCCCAUUCUGGUAAUUGCAGUCACAGAUCAUUAUGGUUAACGUCAUUAUCCGUUAGUUAAUAAAGUGCAUAGUUAAAUGGUAUAGCAUCUCAUAACCUAGUCUUCCCCAAACACCAUAAGAUCUUAAGGAGAUUAUUUGGGAUAUUUUAUUAGGAGUUACAGUGAUCAGAAAUAAUAAUCAUAACUAUUGGUUUUUCCUGGAUUUUUCCCACCUUUUGCAUUUGUAAAAGCAUUUAGAGUACCACUUUACAAUGAAUAAGUAAGGAAUAACAGACGUUGGGGUGUGCAUUUAUAGGAAAAUAGUCAAAGAUAAGGAGGUGUGAUGAAGUGGAGUAAGUAACAGCACAUCCUGAAGCGUUUCAUUCCUCUUUCACCACAGCAGUUUACAACUAUUUAUUAAUUAAAGAACGACAGAAUUACAUUAUUUUUUUUUUAAUCCAUUAUAGAUACGUUUAACAUCGUGGAAUACCCACAAAACCAGGAAGUUGCUCCGUCACCAGACAUCAUUCAGUCUGAUCUUUCUCUUAGCAGUUAUCAAAACACAAAACACACAGCUUGUCACGUUAUCAAGAAAAUGAAAGUCUCCUGGAGACUGUUUCCUGUGGUGGAAAACAUAACGUUACAGCUUUAACUCGCACUGACACUGGAGACUCCUUCCAACAACAUUAAAUAAACAGUGGCUUACAGAUAACUUAAUCAUGUCAACGAUGAUACGUUUUUGUUUCUGUUGUUAUAUAACAAGACCGUGUGUUGUUACUGCGAUAACGCGUUAGAACGAGUGCAUUAAUCAAGCUCUGAUUUGAGAAUUCAACAUAGCUGUCGUAGAAUAAAUGUUAUUGAACGUACUACUAUAAUAAAUGAGCAUGUAUAAAGAAAUAAAAGAAUCGUGACUGGAAUUACCCGAGGGCGCUUGAAGUGUUUGUUACUGUGUAUUAUGUGCAUAGCUUAAGCAUGGUAUUGCAGACUACAAUGGCAACAGUGAAAAACAAUGAAAAUAAAGCAAAAAAAAAAUUUUUUAUAUAGUUUGAUAUAUAUGUAUGAUGACGUAUGAUAGAGGUCUUGAUUUAUACCUAAAAUUCAACAUUAGAUAAUAUUAUUUUAGGGAUGCAUGAUCUCUUGCAGUGUUUCUGUACAUAAUUAUUUUUUUUCUGUAAUGGUACAAUAUGACCCUUUUCUCUGUGUUACACUGUGUAAAGAAGUAAAUAUUCAAGCGUCUUGACUUACUGUACUGUGACGACCGAUUAACCCAUGACAUUUCAGAGUGUAAUCUCUUCAUCUUUAUAUGACGAUGCAUUAAAUCUGAUGAGGUGGGAUCGUAAAAAAAAAUGUCCAAACACUAUUUAUAUUGUCUUUCUUUCUUUCUUUCUUUCUUUCUUUAUGUUUUUGAUUAUAAUUCUUUCUUUUUUUUAUUAUAAAAGUUUGCAAAGCUAAAAGAAUUGAUAUUGUUUGUCGGAAGAGCAGAAGUGAGAAAACACCCGAGUUAAUUCUGAGUAAAUUGUCUGUGAUGUUCAGGAUUGAGCUGCACAUUGCUCUGUUAAGCUGCAUUCUGUGCACUUUAUGACUUUAUUUUUAUUUAUUUAUUUUUUACAAAUUUACAAGAUUAACAGCCGAUACAAUUUUACCACAAAUCAUGUAACUUUUCCAUACUUUAUAUGUGUGAAUGACGAACAGGAAACAUUUUAAAAGUUACAUUAAAGUAAUUUAAGUCUUACCAUGGUCUGACUUUAUAAUUUCUAAUUUUAAGAACUGUUUUUACGAACCUUAUUACAUAAUUGUUGCAUUUAUUAGACGAGGCCAAUCAGCAGUUCUUAGGAUUUUUAAAAAUGUUUAUUUUGACAGUAAAACUAUCUUGCUUAAGUAACAACAAGUGAAAUAUGCUAAUGUGUUGAAUAUAUGAAAUAUGUAAGGAAUUAAACACUUGGAGUCAUGUUAUUGUAGGAAAUUCAUCAACGUCAAGGUGGUAUGAUGCGAGCCAACAUGAAGCAGAGCUACUGUUACCCCCCAUAGCUGUUUAUUUACCUAACACUACAUGCUGAAGUGUUUUAUCCCUCUUAUACCACUGCAAUUGGCCAACAGUCCCAAUUUUUUAUUCAUUAACACAAAAAAGACGGAAUUUCCGUUUGUUUAGAAUUGGCAGUUUUUCAUAAGUGUUUAUUUUUAACUAGCCUAUUAGGUUUAAAUGUUAGAAUUUUAUUGUGGAAGUUGUAUACGGUAAUUUAAUGUCUGUUUUAUCUCUGCACCAAUGUUGUUGUGGACAGAUGUGAAUUGUUUGGCCAGCAGGAGGCUCACAUCCCUCCCCUUUCCCAUCAUCCUGCUCCCCAGCAGCUAAACCCAGCCUCACGAUACUCUACACACAGAAACCCAACAGUGUCCUGACUCAUCUUAUACCAGACUUGCAGCAAUAAAAUAAUUCAUUUGUUUAUACUGACUAAAAAUGUCAGAUAAGUCUAUUUCCAUUCUGCCAGAGGAAUGGAACACCCGUGUACUGUGAGAAAGGG